GCAGUAGUCUGAGGCAGUGGUGUAAGCGCAUGAUAAUACACAUCUAGUAGGUGUGCGAGGUGCAGAAACAAGAUAACAGUUUCCAUUUCUUCCCCUUGCUCGUAGAUGAGCUAUUGCUUGCCGAGCCCCACCUCUCCGCCUGUCUGAUUGGGUGCUGGACAGGCCUUUGCAAGAGGCUUGCCAUUUAUCUUGAAAUAGCUACAGUGUAGCAGCCGGAGGUUCCUUAAAGGGACUGUGGGUGUAGUCACUGCUCCUCUACAAGUGAUGACACAUGUCAAAAGGGCAGAAGCUACUGGAAAGGAUCUCUGGUUUGUGAGCAAUUUCCUGCCGUGAAAAUUUCCCUCUGGUGAAUGGGACAUGAAACAACCUUCUCAGGGACUUGUACGCCAGUCGCACGGUAGCUAUCAUCACUAGCUUAGCUAAGCAUUGCUGUAAGCUUCCAGACACUGUUUCUCUUAAAUAUUUUACACGUGGAUGAUUCUGUGAGCAACCGAGAACCUUUUUUUUCCCACAGAUCCUUUCCUAAGCAGCCGGAUCAGUUUUGCCGGACAUUCGACACUGGGGAGAGGCAGUUCCCUUGGUUGUUUCGAGGAUUUUUAGCUGGUAUUUUUGUUGAACAAGAACUUCUUCUUCUCAGCGAUUUCUACUUCAUCCGUCAGCUGGGAAUCCGAAGUCGAAGCUGUAACCCUUUAAGACAGCAAUGUUUUUUCUGAGAUGGAGACCACGGAGCGACCCGAGAGUUCUACCUUGGAUGUUCUCUUCCUCCGUUGUGAAAAAACAUGUCCCCCGUCGCCACUUUGGAGAACACUGGCCUGGCACAUCUGACGGGGCACUCAAACCCAACAAAGAGACAAUUGCAGGCAGCACCUUGCUACAACGUAUGACAAACCUUCUCUUCUACACAUUUUCCGAAGGACAGGAACGGCUUCCAGUCAACAAAUUUAUAAAUACACUUAAAGUGAAUGGACUGCUUCCAACAGACCCCAGGCUGAAAGACUGUAUGGACAUGCUACAAUAUACCGUACAGGAGUCAAUGAUGGGAGCAUCGAUGGACUUGGAAGUUUUUCAAAAAUGUGUUCAGAGUAAUAUUGUUCUACUGACACAAGUUGUUUGUAAGAAGUGUGUGAUUCCAGAUUUUGAGCACUUCACAUUAAACAUAAACCAGCUGUAUGAGAACACCCGCCGUAUAAAGGAAGGGGAGGUGGCAAACUAUAUUCCACAACUUGCAAAAGUGAGUCCUGACUACUGGGGUGUAUCUCUUUGCACAGUGGAUGGACAGAGAUACUCAGUAGGAGACACUGAAGUCCCAAUAUGCCUGCAGUCAUGUGUGAAGCCACUAAAGUAUGCCAUCGCUUUGAAUGACCUGGGAUCAGACUAUGUCCAUCAGUAUGUGGGUAAAGAGCCAAGCGGCCUUCGCUUUAACAAGCUGUCACUUAACCCACAAGACAAACCACACAACCCUAUGGUAAAUGCCGGAGCGAUUGUGAGUUGUUCAUUGAUUAAACAAGGAGCUAAUAAGGCUGAAAAGUUUGAUUAUGUCAUGCAGUUUCUGAAAAAGAUGGCAGGAAACGAAUUAAUUGGCUUCAGCAAUGCAACCUUUCAAUCAGAAAAGGAGACUGGGGAUCGAAACUUUGCUAUUGGAUAUUACCUGAAAGAGAAAAAGUGUUUCCCAGAAGGAGCUGACAUGGCAUCUGCUCUGGAUCUUUACUUCCAGUUGUGCUCCAUUGAGGUGAACUGUCAGUCGGGGAGUGUGAUAGCUGCCACUCUGGCUAAUGGUGGCAUCUGCCCCAUCACAGGAGAGCGGGUCCUGAGUCCAGAGGCCGUAAGAAAUACUCUGAGUCUAAUGCAUUCUUGUGGAAUGUAUGACUUCUCCGGACAAUUUGCCUUUCAUGUUGGACUUCCAGCUAAGUCCGGUGUGUCUGGAGCUAUACUACUGGUUGUUCCGAACAUUAUGGGAGUUUUCUGUUGGUCCCCUCCUCUGGACAGAAUCGGUAACAGUGUACGAGGGAUUCAUUUUUGCCACGAAUUGGUCUCCCUCUUCAAUUUCCAUCAUUUUGACAACUUGCGUCACUGUGCAAAGAAGGUGGAUCCCCGCAAAGAGACAAGAGAAUCACAGCACAAGUCUGUGGUGAACCUACUAUUUGCAGCCUACAGUGGCGAUGUCUCUGCUCUAAGAAGAUUUGCACUUUCCGCUAUGGACAUGGAGCAAAAAGAUUAUGACUCCAGGACCGCUCUACAUGUUGCUGCGGCAGAAGGACAUCUGGAUGUGGUCAAGUUCCUGACGGAAGGUUGCAGAGUUAACCCAUUUGUAGAAGACAGAUGGGGAAGUAUUCCUCUGCAAGAUGCCAUAAGGUUUGAGAGACAUGAUGUGGUGAAAUUACUCACUGAAUAUCAAGAAACCUAUGUGAAAAAACAGAUGGGGGCAGAAGAACACAUGUCUUUGGAGACUUUGGAGAGUAUGGUGUAGCUGAUCUCCGUUACCGGCCUUCAUCACUGUACAUGUGAUUACACAACCCAGUUGAAUCGGCUCUAACCUUUUACACAUCGAUCAGCAAAAUGUCUUUGUGCAGUGGUAGAAUUUUCUACAAAGUUAAGUCCGAUAAUAUAAUAUUUUUUUUAUAUAUCACAAACAUAUUCUGCUUAGCUUGUUAUCACUUACAUUAAAGGGGUACUCCGGUGAAAAUCUUUUUUCUUUUAAAUCAACUG